AUGAAUAUCACCCACAGUGAUCCGAGGGAGACUUCGUUGGUCCAGAUGAAACGGUACCUGUCCGGUGACCUGGAGCGCGUGGGUCAGAAGGUGCGCCAACGCUUGGAGUCCAGUCGGUUGGCGCGAGGGCUGCUGAAAGUGAUCGGUGUGUUGGCCGUCACUAUGGUGCUAGCUGAUGGCCUGCUCACACCAGCCCAGUCCGUUCUCGGAGCCGUUCAAGGCAUUGAGGUUGUGCAGCCGAGCAUAUCCAAAGACGGAUGGAGGAUGCUAGGUGGUACUUUGCUUGCCUUCACUGGUGUGGAAGCCCUCUUUGCGGACCUGGGCGCUUUCAGCCGAAGCGCGAUCCAGAUCAGCUGGCUGUGCUACACGUUUCCGUGCCUAUUGUUAGCAUAUAUCGGUCAGGCAGCGUAUAUCAGCGCUAUUAUUACCGCAACCUUCCAGCUUCUUGCACAAGUGAUGAAACUCUCCUAUUUCCCUCAGAUCAAAGUCAUCCAUACUUCUCAGAUCUUCCACGGGCAGCUUUUCAUUCCGAUCGCGAAUUGGCUGCUAAUGAUCGGAACCAUCUUGAUCGCAUCGAUCUAUAACAACACGACGUCCUUGGGUAAUGCGUACGGCGUAUGCGUUAUGUUUGUGACAUUUUUCGACACCUGCAUGGUUUCUCUGGCUGCAAUGUUCGUAUGGCGGAUCAGCCCGUACAUUGUCCUCCUCCCGUGGCUCACCGUGGCCUGCCUGGACGGUACAUAUCUCUCUUCUGCGCUGACCAAGGUGCCUGACGGUGCCUGGUUCACGAUCGCGCUCGCUGCAAUCCUCGCCAUGCUGUUUCUUUUGUGGCGAUACGGCAAAGAACAGCAAUGGUUCGCCGAAGCCGAGGACCGCGUCCCCACUGCACAUUUCAUCGUAUCCGGUUCAGAUGGUCAAAUGUUCCUGUCCAAACGAUACGACGACCUUCCAGUCAGCAUCACCCCUGGUCUUGGGAUCUUCUUCGACAAAGCGGGCGAGACGACCCCGAUUGUGUUCAGCCAGUUUGUGCUUAAGCUCACCUCUUUACCUGAGGUGGUUGUAUUCUUCCAUCUCCGCCCACUCGAGCAACCUUCAAUCGCCCCUGAGAAUCGAUUUACCGUGUCGCGUUUGGCCAUUCCAAAUUGUUACCGGCUGAUUGUUCGAUACGGAUAUAAUGACGAGAUCAUCACACCCGACUUGGCGAGCGUAAUAGUCCACCAGGUCCGGGAAUAUCUAACGUCGAGCAGUGCCAGCAUGCCCUUAGAUGGGGAGGAUGAGGGAAAGGAUUCUGUGACUCCUGGCAACUCCACGACGGAAGGCAGUAGAGACGCCCGCGCUUUCCUCGGUUCUGAAAUUACCAUUCUGGAAGCGGCAUAUUCCCACAAAGUGCUCUAUAUUGUAGGAAAGGAGCAGAUGAAAAUCAAGCCCAACACAGCACGCAUCCGAAGAGCCUUGCUACUUGCGUUUCUGUGGAUCCGGGAUAACACGAGAAACAAGAUGGCCAACCUCCGGCUGCCAAUAGACAAACUGAUUGAAGUCGGAUUCCUCAAAGAGAUAUAA